AUGCUCCCCAAUGGCUUCUCCGGCGAAUCAUUUCAGCUAACAAGAGAGAGAAGCUCUGAGAUGGCGAUGCCGCUGGGCAUGGCGACGUAUCUGAUGAGAAUGGUGUGGUUUUCACUGAGCAGUUGGGUCUUCACCUGUUUGUCUAUCGCCGACGAGAUCGCUGCUUCUCUCAGGAGCGGAGAUAUUGACAAAUGUUACAUCAGCUCUGGUGAUAUGAUCCAUAGGCUUCAACAGAUCUAG